AUGGACUGGGAGGCUCUCCCCUACUCGGUUCUGCGCGAGCUCCGCAAGGCGGUUCGUGAGUCCGGGGUGCGGUCCACUUUCACCCUGGGGAUCUUGGAAGGUGUGUCAAAUGGUUAUUUCUUGCUCCCCCAAGAUUGGAAAGACAUGUGUCGCAUGGUGCUGUCUCCCGCGCAAUACGUUGUGUGGGAUAGCGAGUACCAGCGAGAGGCGCUUGCGGCAGCAGCACAAGGUGGGGGGGCUUAUUUCGCUGAGCAGUUAUAUGGCGCGGGGCAGUUUUCGGGCAUCCCCGAGCAGGCGGUGGGUACGCCCCGGGCAGCUUAUCCCAUCAUUGGCCAGUGUGUCCGUCGGGUGUUUCGCAGGGUCCCCGCUGCGGGCAAGUCCUCUAAGUCCUUUGCGGUUACUCGGCAAGGUGCCGCCGAACCGUUCCACCAGUUUGUUGACCGCCUCCACGAGGCGGUCCAGAGGCAGAUUGAUAACCCGCAGGCCCAGACUGAACUAAUGAUAAAAUUGGCUUACGAAAAUGCCAAUGCAGAUUGCCGCCGAGCCAUGCAGGCAGUAGUUGGGCGCCCGGGGUAUACCCUGGCAGAAUUGCUGCAGGCGUGUGCUGAUUGUGGUACCCCCAAUCCCAAUCUUAUUCCCUGUGAUUACCGGUUAUUUGUAAUAGAUUUAAAAGAUUGUUUUUUUACCAUCCCCCUGCACUCUGAGGACCGGGCGCGUUUUGCCUUUACCGUUCCGGUCUUAAAUCAUUCUCAGCCCACUCCACGCUAUCAGUGGAAUGUGCUCCCUCAGGGCAUGUUGAACAGCCCCACCUUGUGUCAGCAUUUUGUUGCGCGAGCCUUACGGCCGUUUCGCGCAGCACACCCGGAUGCUUUAAUUUAUCACUAUAUGGACGACAUCCUGGUGGCUCACCCCAUCCUUCCUGAUGACUGGCUGGACGAACUGCGCCACCAGCUUGCGGCGUGUGGCCUGGUUAUAGCACCGGACAAAGUCCAGCGCCAGCCACCCUUUUUGUAUCUUGGUCACCGUAUGCUCCAGUCAUAUGCCUGCCCAGUUUGUCCCGAGCUGGUGUUGCCCGACCCUCUUACGUUUGUACAGCUCCAACAGUUAUUAGGGUCCCUCAAUUGGAUCCGCCCUUUUUGCCCUCUGACUACCUCCAUGCUGUCCCCUCUUUUUUCUGGCCUUCGGCAGGGCCGCCUCCCCGGGGAUGUUAUUUCCGUUUCCCAGGAACAGCGCCAAGCGGUCACCCUCAUUAACCGGACCCUGGCCCAAGUGUGGGUCGACCGCCGAGAAAGGGAACAGCCCCUUUUUGCCAUUCUGCUUCCCACACUUUCACAACCGACAGCUGUCCUCGCCCAGGAGGGGGCGGCAGCGCGUCUUCGUUUAAUUGAAUGGAUUUAUUUGACCCACUCCCCUCCGCAUACUAUCCAAACACUCCCUCAACAGGCCGCAGAGCUGAUUUUUAAAGUGCGGGAACGGUCCCGCACCCUCUUGGGUUGCGAUCCCGCUGCCAUUAUUGUCCCCAUCCCGGCUAAAGACUGGGAACGCGCUGUCUCUUGCAGUGCCACCCUCCAGUUGUCUUUUGCCGACUAUGUCGGGGAAGUUAAAUAUCACAUUCCCCCUGACCCCCGUCUCUCGCUCUUGCAACAACGUUGCCUCAACCUCCGAUCGUCUUUGUCCACCGUCCCCAUUGAGGAUGCACUUACCCUCUUUACGGACGGCGGCCCAACGCGAGGUGCGGUCAGCUGGCAGGCGCAGGGCACUUGGCAAGUCCGCUUUACCCUGCCUCAGCGUUCCCCCCAGCGCGCAGAAUUGGCCGCUGUCAUCCUGGCCUGCCGAUGCUUCCAGGAUGACCCUUUUAAUCUUAUUACUGAUAGUCUUUAUGUUACUAAUGUUCUUAAGUCUCUUCCAGGUUCCUAUGUGUCGCCCUCCUGUGAUGACAAUUUGUUGGCCCUUUUUCUCACCCUGCAACAACUCCUUUCCUCCCGCUCUAGCCCACUGUUUGUGGCACAUAUUCGCAGUCACACCACACUACCGGGCCUAUUGACAGAGGGUAAUGCGGUGGCUGACCAGGCGGUCAAAUCGGUGGCCUCGAUUUUUUCCUCUCCGCUCGAAAGCCACGCCUUCUUCCAUCAGUCCGCCAAAGCCCUUGCCAAGCAGUUCACUCUCCCGUUACAUCAGGCGCAGGCCAUUGUUCGCCAGUGUGACCUUUGUGCUUCUUUAUCCAAUAGCCCGGAGUUGGGGGUUAAUCCUCGUGGAACCUCGGCCAAUCAGCUCUGGCAAAUGGAGGUUACACACUUUCCUUCUUUUGCCCCCUGGCAGUAUCUUCACGUGUGUGUAGAUACCUUUUCCCAUUAUGUGUGGGUCACCCCCCAGAAGGGUGAGGCCUCUCGUCAUGCCAUUAAUCACAUGAUUCGCGCCAUGGCGAUCAUGGGUCACCCGUCCCAUCUUAAGACCGACAACGGCCCCGCCUAUUGUAGCUCGGCCUUUGCCUCCUUUUGUACCACGUGGGACGUUGUCCACACGUUUGGUAUCCCGUAUAACCCCACAGGCCAGGCCAUUGUGGAACGGGCCAACCGUGCGCUCAAACAGGCCCUGGCCCGCCAAAAACAAAAAGGGGGGAUUCCGGUAGGUCUUCCUCCCCGCCAGGAAUGGUUGGCUGCAGUGCUUUUUACCCUGAAUCAUUUGAAUUUGACUGACAAUUACUCUGCGGCAGAACGUCAUUUCCGCAGCCACCAGGCCUUGCCCCGCCCCCUUGUUAAAUACCGCAAGGCCCCGGAUCCUCAGUGGCAUGGCCCAGCGCCCCUUAUAACGUGA